AUGAUUGGUUUGCUGGUCCUGACUCCUUGUUUAGCGCUGAUGCGUCACGUGGACAAAGACCACCGCACGGACCAUCCCCGCGGCUCACAUGACCGAACGCCCCAGCCCGGUAUUGUGAUACAACCACAACGAAUCGACGGCAUGGGAGGAACUCAUCAUCAUCAUCAUGGGCAUAUGGGUUAUGGACACCAACCAAAGGACGCGCAUUCAUACCCGGAAUUGAAUUUCGGAGUUGGAAGUAAAUGGAUAAAAAACCUGACCAAGGAUAGAGUCAAAAAGUUUACAGAUGGCAGCUUUGCUUCUCUCAACUUACCGGCUCUCAUGUUUACUCACCGUAUUGAUGACGUUGACCAUGUCAAGCUUGAAGUAUGGUCAGCACCUGGGCGCACAAAGCCUACUUUUGAAGAGGCAAUGAAGCAAGACUUCAAGCCGGCAAAGAAAGGGCAGGAAUUUGGCCCCAGUUGGGUAAGAAUGACCAAUCACUGGUGGAAAAUCACGGUUAAAAUUCCAGCAGAGUGGGAAAAGUACGAGCGUGUUCAGUUCGAGUUUGACCCUGGAUGUGAGGCAAUGAUAUUCACUACAUCCGGUGUUCCUCUACAGGGGAUCACCGGUGGCUUCGAAGGAGAUCGCCGUGUCGAAUUCAUACUGGACAAGACCAAGCGCGAGUACAGCUUUGUCAUCGAAAGCAGCUGCAACGGGAUGUUCGGCAUAAGUGGAAUAGCCCCGCCAGACCAAAAUCGGUAUUUUACUCUGGCGUCGGCGGACCUCGUCGUCCCCAAUCAAGACGCAUGGCACCUGUUUUGGGACUUUACUACACUGCGCGAAAUCAUCGACACACUUCCGGGCAAUUCACCUCUUCAAAACAUGGCCCUUAGGACUGCAAAUGAGAUUAUGAACGAAUUUCAAGUUGACGACCCGGACACUAUUGCAAAGUGCCGCAAGAUUGCUGAAAAUGUGUUUGGGGUAAAUUGGGCCAAAGAGGGUGCUGAUGUAUACCAAAAACGGCGAGAAGGGCACGGUGCUGACCGCGAACAAGUAUGGGGAAUUGGACAUUGCCAUAUCGAUACUGCAUGGCUUUGGCCAUACAGUGUUACUCAACAAAAAGUUGCGCGAUCGUGGUCCACCCAGGUAGAUUUAAUGAAUCGUUAUCCGGAACAUCACUUCACUUGUAGCUCGGCUCAGCAAUACAAAUGGCUUGAACAAUUGUACCCAUCCUUGUUCGAAGAGGUCAAGUCCAAAAUCAAACAGGGACUUUUUGAACCAAUCGGUGGUGCCUGGGUGGAACACGAUGGGAAUAUGCCUUCUGGGGAAGCGUUCAUUCGACAAAUGACUUUUGGCCAACGCUUCUUCCAGUCUCGAUUCGGCAUUCGCUGCCGAACUGGUUGGUUACCAGAUUCAUUUGGGCUUUCCGGCUCUAUUCCUCAACUGAUGAGGAGUGCCGGUAUGCAAAGAUUUUUCACUCAGAAACUAAGCUGGAACAAUGUCAACGUUUUUCCACACUCAACGUUUAAUUGGGUCGGAAUUGAUGGCACACAAAUUUUGUGCCACAUGACCCCAGUCGAUACAUACACAGCCCAAGCGACAACCGGCGAUGUACGCAAGGCAGUCACUAAUCACAAGAAUUUGGAGUCUUCAGAUAUGGGGUUGCUAGUCUUUGGAAAUGGAGACGGUGGAGGGGGGCCGCUUGCCAAGAUGCUUGAGAAUCUCCGCCGGGUGCGAGCGGCGGGAAACAACUCACGUGAACUGCCCCUCGUGAAUAUGGGACAUACCACUGAGGAGUUCUUUGAUCGUUUAGAAAAGGAGAGUGGUUAUGGAUCUGCACUCCCCAACUGGCAUGGCGAGUUGUAUCUGGAGUUCCAUCGUGGGACGUACACAUCGCAUGGUUCCAUCAAAAGAGGCAACCGUAAGUCGGAGAUCCUUCUCCGCGACGUAGAGCUCGUUGCUACCCUUGCCUCACUUACGGCUGGAUAUCUAUAUCCAAAACAACGCAUUGACGACUCAUGGGAGAAACUAUUGCUUAACCAAUUCCACGAUGUUCUUCCUGGAUCGGCUAUCGGCAUGGUCUACGAAGAUGCAGAGAAGUUGUAUAGUGAAAUCACGAAAGAAUGCAAGUCGAUUUUGGAAGAAGCUUUCGAUACCCUCCUGGUUGGCUCAACACCCAUCGAUCUCAACACCCCGUUUGAAAUCUCGACCCCAGGCAAAGUCCUCGCGGUUAACACAACCCCCUUCCCGCGUCGUGAGGUUGUUCAAGUCCCACUUCGUAGCUCCGGGGGCAAGAGCCUACGUACUGCUGCGGUCCAGAUCACGUCUGACAGCCAGACUGGGUAUGUCCUCAUGGAUGCUCGUGAUGGGGUUGGCAUUGCGCAGCCCAUCGGACUAUUUGCGGAUGUGAAGCCGGUUUCAGGCAAGUUCCGGAACGACUUUAUUCUAAAGAAUUCUACCGUUUGCAUGACAAUUUCUAAAGGAAGAAUCGUUAGCCUUGUUGAUGUUCAACUCGACCGUGAGCUAAUUGCGCCAGGCAAGACGGGUGGAUUGAUCAUCUUUAGCGACCAACCUAAUUACUGGGAUGCGUGGGACGUUGAGAUACACCACCUCGAGAAGUUCACACAGCUCGAGUUUAACGAUGUUAGGAUCUUGGAGAAUGGUCCAGUUCGGGCAUCGGUUGAAGCCCAAGUCAAAUACGGACAGAGUCUUAUCACAACCACAAUCUCGCUUGAUGCAAUUACUUCCUCGCUUUCUCCUCAAUCCCGAUCAUUUAUCCGUUUCGAUGCCAAAGUUGACUGGCAUCAACGCCACGAAAUUUUAAAGUUCGAAAUCCCGCUUGAUAUUCGUGGUUUGGAGGCUACUUACGAGUGCCAAUUUGGGCAUGUCUCCCGCCCAACCCAUCGCAAUACUACUUGGGAUACGGCCAAGUUUGAAGUGUGUGGCCAUAAGUACGCAGACUUUUCGGAGUAUGGCUAUGGUGUUGCUUUACUCUCUGAGAGCAAGUAUGGAUUUGCGGUUACCGGCAAUGUUCUACGGGUUUCUCUUCUUCGAGCGGCUACUUCGCCAGACGCUGAACAAGACCAAGGCGAACAUUCAUUCAGCUGGGCUGUCCUACCUCACUUGGGACACUUUUUGGAAUCGGAUGUUCCGCAGGUCGCAUAUACCUUCAAUUCUCCGCUCCAUCUGCGAUAUGUUCCUGAUCAAGGUUCAGAUGGCUAUGGAGCCGUGUCGAACUUGGUGCACAAGCCCUUGUUCAACGUUACCGGAGCUCCGAACGUGAUCCUUGAGACUGUGAAACGCGGUGAUGAUGACGACUUUAGCACUAAUUCCAAAGGGGAGCGGACGAUUGUUCUUCGGUUGUAUGAAGCAUUCGGCGGCCACGCGCGGGCGUCGCUUAAUGUCUCUAAGAAACUCAAAGUAUCAAAAGCCGCUAUCACCAACGUUCUCGAAGAUCACAUCGAAGAUCUCAAGGUGGACAAUUCGGAUGACCAAGUUGUAUCAUUCCCACUCAAAUUCCGAGGAUUCGAGGUCGUCACAGUCAAGUUGACCGUGUCCCUCAACAAGGCACAACACAAGUCAUCAUCUUCUGGUGAAGGAUGGGUGCAAGUUUGA